UCCAAAUGCUUUGAUGUUCAAUCACUUUGUCAGAUCUUGUUAGGGUAGUCCGACUAAAGAUCAAGUUGGUUGUUUUUGUUUGAAGGAAAGAUCAAGGUCAAGUUGGUUGUUGGGAGCAACAUCAACUAUAGCUCAAUGUGCCAUGGAUUUUGUUGACACGUAAAGGAGCUUCAUUUCAAAAAUAAAAUAAAAUGGAGCUUCAUUAUGCUCACAGUAUGACCAGCUCAGCUCGUAGCGGCGACGUGGCAAGCCUUAGUCACUACUCACUGCACCAGAUUCACAGAACGUUGGCCUUUUUAUCUUCACGCGGUCAUUGCAGCCUCAUCUUUUAGACUAGAAGCGUUAUCAUCAGAAUAGUCUUGCUAAUUGCACCAUCAAAGGAUUCGUCUCUUUCUCAAAAGGGCCCCAAGGGAUCCAAUACACGAUAAUCUUUUUGGGUCCAUGCAUCGUUUAUGACUGCCUACGUGGCAAGACAUUAAUAGACUGUUAAACCAGAAACCACAGCAACAAAGAAGGCAAAGGUUAUGCCAAUAAAGAGAGGUCAGAGAGAGAGAGAGAGAGAGCGUUUAGAUAGAUAGGUAGAAAGAGAGAAAGAAAGGGUCAUGCGUCUUUUCUGAUAUAACAACAACAUGAACCCUCAUCUAGCUUUAAACCUACCACCACCUCAUCCCCAUUUGGUUUCAUCAUCCUCAUCGUCAGUUCUGGACUCUUUCUCUUAUUAAUAGUUCCUGAACAAUUAUGUGACCAAAUCACGGAGGCGUUUUAGUUUUGGGUUCCACAUAUAUUCUCAACAUGGCAGUUCAAGCUCAGACCAUGUAUUUCUCAGAAAAUUUAGGCGUGAGUGGCUUUCCACAGCAACAGGAUUGGGCUCCGAUCAACCCUCCUCAUCCGCUUUCCGAUUCCGGGUUUGAUCAUGACUUCUUUUCCGGCAUCAUUCCAAACCCUCAACCUUAUCAGCAGCAACAAGCUCCUCAGUUUCAUCAAAAUCUAGAAGCUAACCGGUUAGGAGUUUCUUCUGUUUCUCCUAAUUCCACUUGCAAUAGCUUCCUUCCCACAGCGUCAUUAUUUCCCGAUACUCUGACAGCUCAGCUCGACUUGCAAAGGCGGGAGAUAGAUUGCAUUCUUCAGUUGCAGAAUGAGAAGCUGAGAUUUGCAUUGCAAGAGCAGAGGAAGGGACAGCUGGCGGCUCUGUUGAGCAACUUCGAGUCGAGGACGUCGAGUUUGAUGAGGCAAAAAGAGGAGCACUUAUCACAAGCGAGAAAGAGAGCAAUGGAGCUUCAAGAUUGCUUGAGAAAAGCGGAGAUGGAGACCGAGACGUGGCAGAGAUUGGCCAAAGCAAACGAGACGACGGUGAUGGACCUCAACAACGCGCUCGAACAGGUCAAAGAGAGAAUGGUCCUGUGCAGCAACGAAGCCGAUGAUGCAGAGUCCUUCUGUGGCUCUUGUGAGAAGCAGCAGCAACAAGUGCUUUCAGAAAAAGUAGCUCACAAAAAGCUGGGUUUGGAUUGUAAAAGCUGUAAUGCUAGAAGGUCGUGCGUGCUUUUUCUUCCUUGCAGACACCUCUGUUCGUGCAAGUUUUGUGAAGCUUUUCUUGAUUGCUGCCCCGUGUGUAAAUCCACCAAGGAGGCAAGCAUGGAGGUCUUUUUGGUCUAACACCAAAGAGCUUGCCUUGCCUUUUCUUUAUUUAAUUGUUGAGGAAGUACACACUGUUGAUACCAGUACUUUCCCGGUCCGUCAUUGUAGUCGGAAAUUUUUUGUACUGAAAAUUCAUCAUGAUGUGGUAAAAAAGAAGAAUUUUAUUAACCCUUUUUCCUGUUAGGUAAAUUAUUGUAAAAUAUGUAAUCUUACCUGA